CGUUGGUGCUUUCCGGUGAUAGGAGGCUUACGUUUGUCAAUGAGAGCUAUGUUCUGCGCACAGGAAAGAGGAAAGCCUUCGUACUUUCCACAUGACUCAAGUCUCCUUCAGUCGAAGCUGCGGGGAGGGGGGGAGGAAUGAGGUAGAUAUUAAAUAUAGGGGCGCACACAGCCUGAACUUCCGUUUCAACUCGGAAAUCGCCGUUAUAGUCUUCAUGAAGUUUCUCUAUUCCUUGGUGUCUCAAUGGUGGCAAGCGUGACUAUUUGGCACUGAACACUCGGAGAGAAAAGAUACUUGGCUAGUACACCGCAAAUGCCUCUAAGAGCGGCCGACUCUCCGCUUCUACGACGCUAGUGUCUUGGCUUGAACUUCCGGUUUAAAACGGAAAGCCGCCAUUGGCCGUGUUUCUAUUUGGAGGCAGGGUAAUGCCGCUCUAUGUCUUGGCCUCUCUAUGGUAAAAGCCCUUGGCCUGUAAUUGGAAAGAAGUACCACUCUAACACUAGCUUAGAUGGAGUAUUAGAAUUUUAAUACUCAUUAAAUGCCAGAGAUGCCAAUACAGAAGGCUAACUCCCCCUUGGAUUUGGAUUGUGAAGAGAGGUUGGAAUAAAUGUUGGGAAAUUAGGAAUCAGUUGUGGAGAGUGUGGGCUUGUGCCUUUUGGAGGCUUUGGGGGAGGAAAAGUGAAUCCUCCCAGAGCCAUGGAGCAACAUCCUUUGCUGGAUUCUCUGCAGCUGACUAUCCUGGAAGGCCGGCGGUUUCUUGAAUGCCCCCCAUUAAAGCAGGUUGUCUCCCAAUUCUUGCAGCUUUUUGCUAGCGGGGGAGUUCAGGGGACUACCAGCAAUGCCAAGGCAGGGAUGAUCAGAGACCUCAUCACCAUCUUGGAGGCUAUGGACUGCCAGUGGCUGUUUGGGAGCUGCCACCUGGAUGCCACCCCCACCCUGCUUCGUGACCUGGUGGUUGCUCUGAGCCACUAUGCUGCGCCACCCCAGCAGGAACCAGAGGGAGGUGGGUUCCCCAGCGAUGCCCCCUCCUACACCGCUGUAGCCAGUCAAGUGGCAGAUGUCAGCCUGGUUUUCCACAGCAUUGUGGCCAAAGUGGAAUUGGCGAGAGGGCUGGAGAGACCAAAUGCUGCAGCGGUUGGCUCUGUCCUUCGCCAAGUGGCAGGGCCCGUAUAUCUCUUUGCCAUCACACACGUUGCAGAGAGGCUGUGGACCACACCAAGAACUCGGAGUAUGGCCCAGGAGCUGCUGGAUGGUCUCCUUCGGGCAUCAGACUGCCAGUCUGUACCUGAGUUCCUGAGAGGUGCAUAUGAAGGCAAAGAAGGGUGGUUUGCAGCAGUGAUGCAGUGCCUGAAACCAGGGUUAACCAAAGAAACAUGGCAGCACAACCCAGCAACAAAGCAUGUGUUCUCCUGGACACUUCAACAGGUCACGAGGCCCUGGCUUGGCCAUCACUUGGAGAAAGUCUUGCCGCCCUCGCUGCUGCUAUCGGAUGACUACCGAGUGGAAAAUAAAAUCCUGGGAGUGCAGUGCCUACACCAUAUCAUUCAGAAUGUGCCAGCAGCCGACCUGUGCCAGUUUAACAGGGUGCAGGUUGUGUAUCAUGCCCUGUCCAACCACCUUUAUAGCAAGGAGGCCCAGCUCAUGCAGGUUGUGUUGCUGUGCUUGUUGGAUUUGUUGCCAAUCGUGGAGAAGGCCCUGCAGCGGCUCCCCCAUGACUCCCAGCUUGCUGCACCCUCCACUGAGGUGCUCCGGCUGGUCCUUACCCACAUGGAAUCAGAGCAUCAGCUCUCCUUACGGAGGGUGUAUGCCAGGAACCUGCCUGCCUUUGUAGAGAGGCUCGGCAUCCAGGUUGCCCGUCAUCUGAAGAGGUUGCAACAGGUGAUUGUGGGAUACCUGGAGGUCUCCGACAGACCCGAGGAAGCUGCUAGACUGGCAACGUUAGAAACUUUGAAACGCAUCAUACAGCAUGCCUGGCCCAGGAUGACCUGCCGUCUCGCAGUCCUCCUGAAGGCUUUGCUGAGAAUGAUGUGGGACGUAGCUACUGAUAGGAGCUCAACACCAGAACCAGUGAAAGCAGAGUUACUCCAGAGAGCCACCGAGUGCCUCCUCUUACUGGAUCGCUCUUCCCACGGCCAGGUGAAGGUCCUGCUGCAAGGAGUCUAUCGCAACUGUCAAGAUGUGAACCUCAAAGAAUGCCUAAGAAAAGUACAAGAGGAGCCUGUAAAAAAUCUCAUCUCCUCCUGAGCUCAAGAAGGAGAAAGCGAAGAUUGUAUUCAAAGGUGGAAGGAACAACGCACUAAGGCUGCAAUCCAAUACAUGUCUACUCAGAAGUAAGCUCCAUUGAGUUCAGUGGGACCUACUUCCAGGUAAGUGUGUACUGGAUUGCAGCCUAAGUUUUUAAGAAUCCAUGCAGCAGCACUCCUGCCCUGCUGUAUCUAAAAUUGUCUAACAUUAGAGAAAGCAAGGCAGAAAUAAAAAACAAAAGGCAGUUGCAA